AUGGCGUCGUGGCGCAAAAAUCUACCCGUUUUGCCCGAAAGCUUGAGAGAAGAGGAAUCCGACGGUGACAAUAGCUCCGCCGACGUUUCCCGAACUUUUUUAAAAAGAUGUUCACCUGCAUCAUUCGACAGCUAUUCUCCAGAAAACGACAAAGAGACUGAUUCAAACGAAUCCGACACAGGAGUCAGUGAACAGAGUGAGGUGUGCAGCUCGAGGAAAAAGAAGCGAAAGGGACGGAGAAGCGUAUGGGAAGAGCGACAUGUCAAUGAUUUAGUAGAUGUGAUAUGUAGUAGCGAGUACUAUAAGAAGAAGUUGAUUUUCACGAACACGAAAAAUUCGAAGAACGCAGAAAUAUAUGCUAAUGUGCUCAAAGAUUUGGGCCAGAGAUAUGAAGAUGGUAGCUUCCCGUUUAGCGUAGAUCAGCUCAGGAACAAGUUUAAGAAAUGCGUAUCUGAGUGCAAAAAAAUUGCAUUGACUGUCAAGACCUCGACGGGCGUAAAAAGGGUUCAAGAUGAAAAGCAGCUGGGAGCCUGGUUUAAUCAACUAUUUCCACUGGUCCAAACAAGGGAUUCAUGUAACCCUGACAUGGCAGUAGAGUCUUCUUCAUCACUGCAGUUGUCGGACGGGGAGCCAGUGAAAAGAGCAUCAGAUAACAGAACCCCCACUGAUGAGCAAUCAAGUGACGGUCUUGACCAAGGUGACGACUCUGACAAUAAAUAAUUUGUGCCUAUAAGGAAGGGUAGAAGAAAAGAAAGUCAAAUCUCAGAACUCUUCUAGCGCUUUGUCCACUGCUGUGGAGCUUUUUGAAAAAGUGGUUAAUAAUGACCCAACAACACAGCUGAUGCAUUUUUUCAAAGAGGAAAAUCAGCGAGCUCGUGAGCAUGAAUUAAAGUUAAUGGAACUCUUCAUGUCACAAAGACAGCCCGCAGUUAGUUAUUCUGCAGGUUCAUCCUCUAUCAUUUUCCCAGGAAGAAGCCCCAGCCCAUUUGCAGGA